AUGUCUCGUGGAAUCGCGCUUCUUGAAAGGCUACAGCCUUUUGGAACUCUGUGCAAAACACGUCUUCAGUUCUUACAUAAGAAGAGUCUGAACAUCUCUGAGAGGAUUAUUAUACUUCGUUUUUUCGGAACAACUGUUUGGAAACAAUCUCAGCAACAGGUUCGUGCUUUCCGUAUUCAAAAUAGCAAUUUAAAACGGUCACAUACUGAUCCAUUGUCUGUGAAAGUCUCUAUUGGAGAUUCUUUUUGCAAUGCUUCUGAAUUUAUUGGAAUGGAUACUGAAUUUCCUUGUGUUAGCAGAACAAUAUCUGCUGGUCCUGAGCCACAGUAUGAUAAAAUUCUGUCUGGAUACAAAGUUUUCAAGCACAAGAAACCAUUUUAUUUGAAGUAUGGAAAUCGGAUGAUUCCUGAAUUGGAGAUUGCUUAUGAAACAUGGGGGACAUUAAAUGAAAAGAAAGACAAUGCUGUGAUGGUCUACACUGGACUUUCAGCCAGUUCUCAUGCAAAGAGCCAUAAGGAAAAUCCUCAACCUGGUUGGUGGGAAAAGUUUAUUGGACCAGGUUGUGCACUUGACACCUCAAAAUAUUUCGUCAUUUGCCAAAAUAAUUUAGGAGGUUGUUAUGGAACAUCAGGUCCAUCCUCAAUUAAUCCUACAACUGGAAAGCCAUAUGCCACCACAUUUCCUUUAGUCACGGUUGAGGAUAUGAUACAUUCCCAAUUUUUGUUGCUUGAUCAUCUUGGCAUAGAAAAGUAUCCCAACUUUCUCUCAGCUAUGAGACCUGUCCCACACUCAGAUGAUCUCCUUGUCCUUACAGCCACAGCACAUAAAGAUCUUAUUCCUUCAUCAUAUGAAGAAUUGCCUUCAGAGGCGAAUUCCUCUAUCUAUUCAGUCUAUUUUAAAGACAAUGUCUCUGUUUAUUUAGGAUCAAGUGGCAACUUUUCCCAUCUAUCUAUUUCAGGCUUUUCCCACCUGUCUGCCUCAGUCUGUUCAUAUCUAUCUGUCUGUCUCAGUCUGUUCAUUAUCUAUCUAUCUAUCUAUCUAUCUAUCUAUCUAUCUAUCUAUCUAUCUAUCUCAGUCUGUUCAUAUCUAUCUAUCUAUCUAUCUAUCUAUCUAUCUAUCUAUCUAUCUAUCUAUCUAUCUAUCUGUCUCAGUCUGUUCAUAUCUAUCUAUCUGAGUCCAUUCAUAUCUUUGCAUGGUUCUGUUGGUUCAUCACUUGGUGGGAUGUUAUCUUUGAUGUCUGCCGCUCUUUAUCCUGAUAGAGUUGGCAGAUUGGUGUCUGUUUCUGCUUGUGCUCAGUCCCAUCCAUCAUCCAUUGCUAUGCGUUACCUUCAAAGAAAAAUCAUAAUGAUGGACCCCAGCUGGAAUAAAGGUUACUACUAUGAUGGACCUUUUCCUCAUGUUGGCAUGAAAUUAGCCAGGGAAAUUGCCACCAUGUCAUAUCGGAGUGGUCCUGAGUGGAAUCAAAGAUUUAGGCGUGACAAAAUUGACCCUUUAGAAGACCCAAGUUUGUGUCCAACUUUCACUAUUGAAAGUUAUUUGGAAUACCAAGGAGAAAGUUUUAGUACCAAAUUUGAUCCAAAUUCUCUUCUCUACUUAUCAAAGGCAAUGGAUUUAUUUGACAUGCAAGAAGGUUUUAGUUCCUUGACUGAAGGUCUCAGUCGAAUUGUUUGUCCAUGUAUGGUGAUUGGAGUUCAAACAGAUAUUUUAUUUCCAGUUCGGCAACAAAGAGAUUUAGCUGAAAGCUUGCAAAAUGCUGGAAAUGAAGCAGUAACAUACUAUGAAUUAAAUUCUUUGUAUGGCCAUGACACCUUCUUGCUGGAUCUGAAUGGUGUUGGCAGUGGUAUGAAGGGAUUUUUGGAGACAGACAUGAAGGAGUCAGGCUGGGUGACAAAACACAAAAUCUCCUCCAAUGAAUGA